AUGGCUCUCGUGCUCUUUUCGCGGACACAGCGACAUCCAAUGGCCGCGGCCGAAGCCUGCGAACAGUACGACAAGCUACUGCGGCACGCACACCUGACGUUGUCCAGUCUGGUCGAAACAAACAUCGAUGCUGCCUUGCUGACCGUCUUUCUCAUGGGCCGCUAUGAAGACUCGGCGCACGGCGUCGGGGAUUUCCUGUCCAGUUCUCUCUUCAGCAGCUACUUGCAUCAUGAUGGUGCAACCGCGAUCUUGCAAAUUUGGAAACACCGCGAUCCAGGAGAGAAGCAGCCGGCAACUUCUACUAUCAAAUAUUCUCGGCGGGGCAUAAUUCGAUCUGCUCUUCUGCGAUUCCUGGCAGUGCCAGCAUGGCUUGAAGAUGGCCGCUUUUUUGGCGAGUGUGGACGAGAUCUCGAGUACGACCGCAUCGUGGUACAAAUUGCGAACCUGCGUAAUCAACUCAGGGUCUUCCAAUACCAUAAUCUCCAGCUGGAAACUAUCGGCCCUGGGCUGUUUCAAACGGCCCAGAAACUGCAGAAUGAAGCAGAGAGAUUGGACAACGCAUUGCUGAAUUGGGCAUCUCAAGUUCCAACCUCCUGGUAUCCGUGCCGGCAUCUUAUACCCACGACCUUAUCUGGCUCCACCCGGGACUUCUUCUCCCCCGAGGUCUACAAUUAUCCCAGUACUGUGUCUGCCGCUCUGUGGCUAAACUACUCCGCUACAAAGUUGCUGCUCAAUCAAGCGUGGCUGAAGAUCCUUGAGAUCGUCCAGUCGUGGUCGGACGACUCUGCUUGCAGCCAGCAAGUGGAGCAGUGUCGCUCACGCAUCGUGGCUACGGCCAGUGAUGUGUCCUCGGGUGUACCAUUUGUACUUGGAAGAUUCCAUGCCACAAAUGUGGGCGAAAAUCAAACAGUGAUCACACUCAGCACAGAUGCUGAGAUCAACCCGUACCUAGCAAGCCUUACUGCCUGGCCUCUCAGCAUUGCUUCAUGUAUUGGAAGCCUGGAUGUAGAGCACAAACAGUGGUUUGGGGCACAGUUGGCGUUUAUUGGGAAGAUUCUUGGAUCUGGAAUUCUAGAACAUGUUGGCACUGAUGAACUACUUGAGCUGUGA